GAGAAAGGAACUUAAUGGGGCUUGGACUGGUCCCCCCGAAGUCUGAAGGCCUACAACCCUACAACCGCGCGCUGCACCUUAACACCUGCGGAAGAAACUGAAGCGCUUCCGUCGGUGGUUGCUACCUUGGCGGUUCUCCAAGGGGCGGGGCUGGCCGGAGAGGAGAGUCUGGAGAAGCGUCCUGAGUUGCCAUGGAAUCAAGUCCGAGCGAAGGUCUUAACCAAAAAGACGCUGAUGAAAUUUGCCCUCAGGGAUUACUGGUGUUCGCUGGCUCUUCGGAUGAGGACACCAACUUGGCCAAGCAGUUUUGGGUGGCGGCAUCCAUGUAUCCGCCCAACGAAUCUCAACUGGUUUUGUCCAGGGGUAGCUCUCAGCGUCUGCCAGUGGCGGGGUCCUCAAAGAGGAUUUCGCCUGAGAAUAUUUACAUGAAGUCAUUUAUCCUUACGAAAGAUGAGAGUAAAUUCAAUGCUGAAAUCCUAAAGAUUCAGGAAUCUGAGGAAAAAGAAAAAUAUCUCCAGAAGGCCAAGAGGAGAGAUGAGAUCCUCCAACUCUUAAGAAAACAAAGAGAAGAAAGGAUCUUGAAAGAACUGAUUUCUCUUCCUUAUAAACCGAAUGCCAAAGUACACAAAGUAAAGAAAGUGAUAGCAGAAUCAGAUAAAGAAGAUCAAGAAGCAGUCAAAGCCUUGGAUUAAUUUGAUUGACACAUGAUAAAGAAUGUUUCAACUUAGAUCUCUUACAUCAGGGUCACUGGGAUUGCUUGGUUAAAGUAGAUAAAGAAAUAAAAGUUAAAUAUAUAGACUUCUAGGAAG